UUACUCCAGAUUCGUGGGUAGAGUAUAUUUGCAAACUCUCAAUAUGUCAUGUCAAUUUUGUUUUUUCCCGUUAAUUAAAUGAUUUUGUAUUUAUAGUAUACGUGAUGUUUUUAACAAAUGAUACAUUUAUGAAUUAUGGUUUUAUAUUGUAAAUUAGAUUAAGUAGUAAAUAGUUAUAAAACAGUACGCUGUGCGUAUUUGUUCACAUGGAGUAUGCAUGAUUUCAUUUAGUUUGUUGGUGGUAAAAUGUCCACGUCAGAGUCUGGUGUGGGAUGUAUUAGUGAAGUUACACUUGCAAUUAGUAAAGCAAGGGGUUCUCAAUCAGGCAAUGUGAGAAUACUUGAUAGUCCGGACUCUGAUGGAUCUGGCCAUUCAAAUUCAUUUACUGUACAAAGAUUUAAUUAUCCUGACAAUGAUAAUGCAAAUCCAGGCAUCUUACAACCACCAUUGACCAGUGAUGACUUAAGAAUACCAAUAGUUGGAUAUGAGAUUAUGGAAGAGAGAGCUAGAUUUACAGUUUAUAAAUUACGUGUAGAACUAAAGAAUGGAGACUGUUGGUUUGUAUUUAGAAGAUAUACAGACUUUGUUCGUUUAUUGUCACAAUUGAGAAGACAAAAAAUUCCCAUUUCACAAUUAAGUUUACCUAGAAAGAAAUGGCUUGGAGAUAAUUUUGCUCCAAGCUUUUUAGAAGAACGAAUUCGUGGUCUCCAAGCAUUUGUUAAUGCAAUAUUAAGUAGUCCUCUUCUUAUUGGCACUGCAUGUGUUAGAGAAUUUUUUUGUUUAGAUGAGCCACCUGCUUUAUCUGACACUGCAGAAGAAUCUAGAGCAAUUUUUGAAGCAUUAGAAGACACUAUAUAUCAUUUAAGACAACAGUUGAGAGAGAGAGAUGCCGCGCUUGCAUCUGAAACAUCUUUAUGCAAUGAGCUUAGAAAGAAACUACAUCAGAUACUAAGUGAAAGACAAACCUGUCCGAAAUGUGGUGCAAACCAAUAACAAUUUUGUAACUAAUUUUAAAUUAACAAAUUGAUAUUAGUAAAAAAUUUCGGACUGGAGUAAAUAGGCAACUUGGGUUUUUAUACUACAGGACUUAAUUUUACUCUAUAAAUCUCAUUUACAUUGCUGCAAUUCCAUCAGUCGUUUAAAAUAUCUGUUAAACAUUAAAUAUUAUCUACUUUAUGCCUUCAGUUAUGCAUUUUUGAUUACAUAUUUAUAUACAAGUUGAUUAUUAUGUAAAUUGAUAUGUAUAAAAUUUCUUAAAAUAAUAAGUACAUUGAGCUUUCCUAGCAAUAAACAUAACUUCGUAAAAGCCUUACAGAGGUGCCUUACAGUUGUAAUGAACAAAUACAUAUAUUUAUAUACGUAGUAUAUCUAACAAUAUACUUAUGAGUCAAAA